UCUAACAUCUUCCUGGCCUUUACACCCGACCUCCUACACCAACUCCACAAAGGCAUCUUCAAGGACCAUUUAGUUAAGUGGUGCCUUGAUAUUGUUGGCGAAGAAGAAAUGGACACACGGUUCAAAGUGAUGCCUGAUUAUCCCGGUCUUCGGCAUUUCAAGAAGGGAAUAUCUAUGGUAAAGCAGUGGACGGGGACAGAACACAAAGAGAUGCAGCGUGUAUUUGUUGGGCUACUUGCUGGCGCUGUCUGUUACGACUUGGAUGUAGUUGCACGAGCAAUUCUAGAUUUUUCAUACUAUGCUCAGCUUCGAGUUCACUCAACUGAAUCCCUCAAUGGCCUGGAAAGCGCUCUGGCGAUAUUUCACGCCAACAAGGACGUCCUGCAGCAACUCGAUAUUCGCGAGCAUUUUAAUAUUCCCAAAUUACAUCAGCUCUCUCACUAUGUUCAGUCUAUCCUAUUGUUUGGUGCUACAGACGGCUUUAACAGUGAACUUGCUGAACGAUUGCACAUCGACUUUGCCAAAGAAGCAUAUCGUGCCAGUAACAAGCGUGACUAUGAAGAACAAAUGGCCUUAUGGCUCCAGCGCCAGGAGGCAGUCUUCCUGUGUGGUUCCUACCUCAACUGGCUGUUGGAACAGUCUCAGUCGGCACCAACCAAUUUCACUUGUGACCACGGAUAUGACUCAGACUUGGACUCAGAGAUGGAAGGGCCAGACACUCAACGAAUGGUCCAUUUUCUCGCUAAGAUGCCUGCAUAUCCUCAGUGUUCGGUUCAGCACCUCGUCACUGCACAUGGUGCGUCCAUGUUCCUCCCAGCCCUUAAGUUGUUUCUGCGCAACCACAUGCCACACACUAUCAUUACCCCUGGUCUGCAAGACCGUUUUGACAUUUUUCGACAGGUAGUAAUCACUGCUCCACCUAAUCCACUCAUCAGUGAGUCACCGAGGCAACCCUCGGUUAUUAAGACAACACCUGAAGUGCUUCCUGGACGUGGACACAAGCCUGGAUCUCCCGCUAAGUUUGAUAUGGCCCUGACAAGCAAUGGCGUUCAGCCACGCACUUUAGAAGGUAUGCGAGUGGGACAGGUUCACAUUAUUUUCACUCUGCCAUGUCAAUUUGGGACCUACUUGCAAGCCUUGGCUUACAUUGAGUGGUUCACACCACUCAGGGAGCCGGACCACUCAUCUGGCCUGCACCAAUUGUCGUGUUCAACU